AUGGAACACCGCGUCGGCGCCGUCGUGACGAGGCUCUGUCUGACACACCGCUGGUCAGCCGGUUGGUGGUGGAACGUCGCAUCGGCAUCGUCUAGACGAGGCUCCGCCUGGUACGCCGUUGAUCAGCCGGUGGGAUGGAUCUCCGAAUUGGCACCGUUGACACGCGCCCAUCUGGUGCACCGUAGGAGACCGCAGGCUUGCGGCAAUGCCGUAAGCCAUUGGCAAAUUCGAGUCGUUCUUCCACUGCCAAAAAGCGGCAUUGACCGCAAUUCCGAUACAGCCACGACAUCCAACACGCUCAGACCCAUCCUCGCCCCACCGUCACACGCGCCGACCACCACCACCGCCACCACCAACACCACUGCUUCCUCUACAGCUGACACCGACACCGCCGACCUCUCAUGCCCACAUUGUCCACGCACCUUCACCUCACGCAUCGGCCUGGUCGGUCACUUGCGAAUCCAUCGCACAGAGACUGGCGAACCAGUGCCUGGAGCACCAACCUACACCCAUGGCACUCGCCUCCACUGCCCACACUGCCCUCGCACCUUCACGCAUCGCAUGGGUCUAUUCGGCCACAUGCGCAUCCACAACGACCUGCGGUAG